AUGACAGGCAGACCGUUCAGUGUGAACAAUCCGUUCAGGAGUGCGGGGAUGGAGACGAGGUACCAGCACGACCAGCAGUACCAGGAGUGGGUGCGCGGGAACACGUCGCCAUCCCGCGGCGGCAGCGUGUCGCCGCCGCUGGGCAUGGCGGAGAAGCCAGUGCCCGUUAGGCAGAAUACUAACCCGUUUCUGGAUGACGGGGAUAUGCACGACUCGGGUCAUAUGGGUGCGCCGGUGCAGCCAGUGCAGCCAGUGCACUCCCCACCACAGGGGUAUGGCAAGGCCUUGAGUGCAGAGGAGGAGAAGGAGCAGUUGAGGCAGAAGUACCAGCGGGAUCGCGAGCGUGAGGAGCGUCCUUCGCACAGGAGGGACCUGCCUCCCUCGUACGAGGAGGUUGCUGGCGGCAGAGGCAAGGGAUACCCUCGCGAGAAGGAGUCUUACAGCGGUAAUGUGCACCGGGAGCACUCUCGGAGCAGCGGGCACCGCGAGGAGUACAGCAGAAGUGCAGAGAGGGCUCCGCAUCGCCACCACAGCCACCGCCGUCACCAAGACAACAGCUCGCCGGCGAAGAAAGAGAAGAGGAAGAACAAAGUUGCCACGCCCAAGAACGUGGAUACCAUCGACAAGCUAGACGUCACGGGUCUCUUCGGUGGGUCCUUCCACCAUGACGGACCCUUUGAUGCAGUCACACCACACAGAAACAAGAACACGAAAGCUGCGCCAGUGCUGGCGUUCCCAGCGGACGGGCCAAACAGCACUAUUGGUGGUGUCACAUCUAAGAAGUCAGCAAUGAACGAGGUGUUUGGUGUCGAGGAGGAUGACGACGAUAACGAUUUAUAUAGAAUUAGCGGCCAGGUAGCAGGCAGCACCACAUCGGUUAACACCAAGGACGCAAUCAAACCUAACGUCGGUGAUAUCAAGCAGAUGGAUAUCAAGAGUAAAACGGAGAAGAUACACGGCCCAACCACUGUAGGUCUGGGAUCUACUACUUUCCUAGAUGGUGCUCCAGCUUCUGCAGCUGCUAUAAGACAGGACAUAAAGCAGCACUCACACACAAACCGUUCUGGUGUUCAGAGGCAUAAAUCGCUGUCACAGAGACUGGGGAUAGGCUCAGAUAGUAGUCGCCCAUCGAGAUCAGAUAGUUACAAAGGCGCAGGCUUGUCCAGAACACGGAGUGGACCUACAGAAGAGAGACCUCACCAGGCCAGACAUAACUCCUCCCAUGCUGACGACGAUGAAGAAGAUGUAUACCUGGGACUUCCAACAUCAUCACUAAAGAAAUCUUCAGGCAGUAAGUUUAUGAAAAGAGUACGUAGUUUGAAAGUUGGCAGAAAAUAA